CGACUCGUAGUGUAUCACUAGUGCUCGAGAUCAAGACUACAAUAUAGCGUUCAUCAAAAUGGAAGCGCCGUUCAAAGUUCUAUCCACUGGUGACUAUAUUCUACCGCCGCCUUUACAAGAUUCCAUCAACAAAAUCGUAGAAAAUGAAGGAUAUAUAUCUCAUAAAACUAUCAAUAGGGCGAUCUCGACUAGCGGUGGUAACUUUUUGGGAAAACUGUACGAAGUUGACAUUAAAGGAAAAACUGCGGACGGCGAUAAAGAGAUCAACAUCUUUAUUAAAAAUAAAACAGAUGACAUGCAAAUGGGCAUACUUGAUAUUGCAGAAUGUUACAGAUUGGAGACCUUCUUCUACGGACAUCUCUCAAAACUGUACGAUGAUAUACAGAAUAAAACUAAUAUUCCAGUUGAAGAAAGAUACAAUAUAAUUAAAAGUUACGAUGCUAUGAAUCCGAACGCUAUAAUUCUGGAGAACCUCGCUAAAAAGGGCUUCACGACUGUUCAUCGAAUGGAGGUCGCUUCUCUUAAGUUUGCACAACUUUCUGUCCAGCAGCUGGCCAGGUUCCACGGCUUGUCCUGGGUCUUGGAAAAACAACAUCCUGAAUACUUUGCAAAGAAAAUUAAGUGUUUGAAAACUACAGUUAUAUUUAAUGAGGAGUACCAAAAGUUCAUAGACAAUAUGGUCAUUUAUACGGACAAAUGUUUGGAUUCGGAACAGAAAGCUGUACUGUACAAAUUCAAAUCCCGCGUUAUGGAGACCUUGAAAAAGAAUGUCAUCGAAAACGCUGGAAGUAGAUGCUGCUUAUGUCAUGGAGACUACAGGGCGAAUAAUAUUCUCGUGAAAAAAGAUGGCGAUAGCAUAACUGAAGUCAAAGUAGUGGACUAUCAGAUGCUCUACUACGGGUGUCCCGUCAUGGAUUUCAUAUAUUUCAUCUUCCCCUGCACCGACCAAGAGUUCAGAAGAAAACAUCUUGACGAUCUGAAAGAUCUGUAUUACGAAAGUUUAAGAAAGUUCCUUAAAUAUUUUAACAUGGACGUUGAGUCAUUGUACCCACGGCGGGAAUUUGAAACAGAGUACAAGAAAAGACUAGAUUGUGGUCUAGCUUUUGGCCUUUUGAUAACUCCUAUACUCUUCACUGAAGACGAUGACGUCCCUGACCUUGCUAAAGAUGAUUUGGGAACAAUUUCUGUUACUCCAGAUAUAAAAAUGGAUGAAAGGAUUAGAGGUCUUGUAGAUGAUUUCGAAAAGUGGGGUAUAUUGUGAGGAAAUACUAUUGUACUUACUGGUUUAUUUAAUCGUUAUUAUUUUAGCUGUAUCACAGAAUAAAUAAUAGUACUAGGUACAGAAGACUCACUCUCUAACAAAACGCGUCUGUUACGAUCAGCAGAGAUAUGGCUGCUAGGUGGCGACAGCGCCACGCGCGGCUUAUGGCUUUCCCCAAAAUUGGGAUGGAACGGAUGUACUUUUAGCUACCUGUAGCAAAGCGAUGAAAUCGCGGAGUGAGCCACGCCUAGCUGUAUCAUUUAUGACACUCAGAGGACAAUUCGAACAUAUACUGACAUCAGAAUGAUAUUUGUUAUUAUGUUAUUUACAUAGCUAUCGUGCCUCUUGCCUGCGAAAGUACAUGUACGAACAAGUAUGAACGAAAUGCACAGAAACGAAUGAUAGCAGUUAAAUGCCAUUCUGAUAUCAGUGUUCGUUCGAAUUGGCUGGUCUAUUGUUUGUUCUUGAGUUAUGGAUGAUUUUAAUGUAUUUAUUAUAUAUUUUAUUAUAUUUUUAUUUUAUUA